AUGGAGCGGGACGACACCGACACCGCGAGCGCGUCCAAAAAGACAAUAAUCGCGAAGAUAUUUAAAGUUCGCAAGAGGAGGGAGAUGCUUUUCGUCCAGGUGUGCUUCAUCUGCAGCGUCCUCUUCGUGGCGUGGAGCAUGUCGGCGCUGCUGACCAAGACAGGCCAUGGGAUGGUGGUGGAGGCGCAUCCGAACGCUGACCACUGGGGACGGCGGCUAAUGGCUUCAGCACCAGACAACGAAACGGAGCAGAAGAACUGUUCAGAACCAGCAAUACACGAGUUCCCCGAAGACCUCUUCACCAUCCAAGAACGAAAGAGUGGGGCCGUUCUGCUGCACAUCGUGGCGGCGCUCUACAUGUUUCUAGCCCUCGCCAUCACCUGCGAUGAAUACUUUGUGACAUCGCUGGAGAAGAUCUGUGAGAAAUUAGAUCUGAGUGAAGAUGUUGCAGGAGCCACCUUCAUGGCAGCUGGCAGCUCUGCACCAGAGCUUUUUGCAUCUGUCAUCGGCGUCUUCAUCACCCACGGUGAUGUGGGGGUGGGGACCAUCGUCGGCUCAGCUGUCUUCAACAUCCUUUGUAUCAUUGGCGUCUGCGGGAUCUUUGCUGGACAGGUGGUGAUAUUGACCUGGUGGGCAGUUUUCAGGGACUCCUUCUACUACAUCCUGUCUGUCGUGGCUUUGAUUGCAUUCAUCUACGAUGAGAAGAUAGUUUGGUGGGAGAGUUUGUUUUUGGUGGUCAUGUAUGCUGGAUACAUACUGGUCAUGAAAUUCAACUCCAGCAUGCAGAAGUUUUUCAUGGGCAAGUCAAAGAAGAACGUGGCCAAUGGUAACGCUGCGGCCAGCAGUGAGAUGGAGGACGUCAAGCCCAGUAAGGCUUACAGCCGUGGAUCGGUGGUGAUGGUGGACGAGAUCAUGCACGCCAGCCCCUCGAAGUUCAGGUUUCCAGAAGCUGGCCUCCGUGUCAUGGUCACCAGCCAUUUUGGACCCAAGACCCGUCUGCGCAUGGCGAGUCGCCUCAUCAUUACAGAGCGCCAGAAGUUGGUCCAAGCUGCCAAUGGAGUGGAGACACAAGUGAUUGACGGGAAGGUAGAAAUCGAGAAUGGAAACGUGCCAGAGGACAAGCCGACCGAAGCGGAGGAAAAUGACACCAUCUCGCCGUUUCAUAUUCCAAAGGGCAUUGGCAGCAAGGUGAAGUGGCUGCUCUCAUGGCCUCUGCUCCUGUUGCUGUUCUUUACCAUCCCCAACUGCGCCAAGCCUCGCUGGGAGAGAUACUUCAUGCUCUCCUUCAUCCUGUCCACUGUCUGGAUCGCUGUCUUCUCCUACGUCAUGGUCUGGAUGGUGACUAUAAUUGGCUACACUCUGGGAAUCCCUGAUGUCAUCAUGGGCAUCACUUUCCUGGCGGCAGGCACCAGCGUCCCAGACUGCAUAGCCAGUCUCAUUGUGGCCCGGCAAGGUUUGGGAGACAUGGCGGUAUCCAACACUAUUGGGAGCAAUGUGUUUGACAUUCUGGUGGGACUGGGGGUCCCCUGGGCGAUACAGACCAUGUGUGUCAGCUAUGGAUCAGUGGUGAUGAUUAACAGUCGGGGUCUGGUGUACUCUGUGGUGCUUCUGCUGGGCUCUGUGGCCCUCACGGUGCUGGGGAUCCACCUGAACAAAUGGAGGCUGGACGUGAAGCUGGGCCUGUACGUCCUGGUCUUGUACGCCAUCUUCCUCUGCUUCUCCGUCAUGAUCGAGUACAACGUCUUCACCUUUGUCAACCUGCCCAUGUGCAUGGAGGAGUAG